CCCUAGAGUACUAGAGCUUAGCCAGUAUAUAUAUAGUUAAUAUAUAAAUCAAAUAAGGAGCUAUAUAUAUACAUAUAAAUAUAGAGAGCUGGGAAAGUAAAAAAGAGAGAGAGAUAUUAUAUAUCAGAGUAUAAAUCAUAUAUAUAUAAAUGGGAAGUAAUACAAAAACUGAGUCAUACUUUGUUUUCAUGAACUAUGAUCCUGAAUAUGAGCGCCUUCGAGCUGAUAAUAAAGGGAAGAAGGAAACAAAUGAGCUUGAUUUAUACCUUAGCCAAAAACAUGAUGAGAUAUUAGCAAGGACUCUUGAGCCUGGUUCCUACAAGAAAAUAUUGUCUCUUGUUAUUGUUGAUGGAUUUUCAGCUGAGAUCACUGAACAACAGGCCAAUGUGCUUAGAUCUGCCAAAGAAGUGAGGUUGGUGGAGAAAAAUCAAGAACUUAAAUGAAUCUGUUUAUAGUCAGAUUAAAUCUGACCCGAUCUAUUUACACUCUUACAAAUCUCCGUUCUUAUGGCCAUUUGAACUCGUCUCAAAUUAAUUAAUUUGUUACCUUAAAGGGGUAGCUAAAGUAGUUUUAUAAUUAAUUUUGAUUUUGUUACCUUAAAAGGGGUAAACUAUUAUUUAAUAUAUAGUGUUAUUAUUAUGUAUUUAAUAUAUUCAAGUAGCACUAUUAUACUUAGUCUACUUUGAAUAUUUAUUAUCAUUAAUUAAUGUCCAGCCUGCAGUUGCUUUGAUUUAAUAAUGUUAUAUAUAUUAUUGUGUA